UAGAGUAAGACGUUGUGCCGCUUUCUUUAGUAACCAUUUUUGAGGUUACAAAUGCUAAUAAGCAAAUAAUAAGAAAAAUAAAUUCAGUGCGUUUGUGGUAGAAAUAUGCGAGUUAUAUUAGUUUUUCCAAUAUGUUGUAUUCUCUUAAAUAUCUACGCCAAUGGGGACGAUUGCCAAGGAGCGAAAUGUGCCGAUGGUGAAUGCAUUGAUGACUUCUCCGUAUGCAAUGGCUUGGUGGAUUGCAGAGAUGGAACAGACGAAAGUGAUUGUGGUGAUGCAGAAUGCCAGGACUCUGAUUUUAAAUGUCACUAUGGUGCUUGCAUACCCUCUAUCUCUACUUGCAAUCAGAAAUUCGAUUGCCUUGAUGGCAGUGAUGAAUCGUUUCAUCACUGUCCACAUGAUAAGCUUUGUUCAAGAGAGCAAUUUCAGUGUGGAUAUGGUGGAUGCAUUGAAUUAAGUAAAAAAUGUGAUAGUAUAUUUGACUGUCCUGACCGAACAGACGAGUAUCCACCGUUGUGUGAACCAGAAACGUAACGAAACUUAAGUUUAUAGAAAAGAGUAGAGUCGCCUUACUUGAAGAGAAUUUCUCUUUAAGAAAAUUUGCAUCUUAUCAAGAAGAAUAUGGCCACGUGAUUUGUUAAUAACCAAAUAAAACU